UUUUGUGUGGUUAAGUGCAUAAUAAUUGAAUGAGGAGAUAUAGAAUUUUUUUAUUAAAGUUAAUAUAAAUUUUUUGACUGUUUUAAUAUCGGAUGUUGUGAUUGCAUUAUAUAAUAUCAUCAAAGUUAUAUAAGUUAAAAAGAAAAUAAAUUUCGUUUACUUGGAAUAGAAAGCGACAAGCGUCAAAUUUGCAAAUUAUUGUGCACGAAAGAAUAAUCCAAAUCCAAAAAGGUUUUUUUUACAAAUUAAAAUUUCGUCAAUGGAGGCUAUAAAGAAAAAAUUGUAUGACAGAGGAUUUGUUGAAAUUGAAUUGAAUUAAAAGUGUGUGGAUUUUUAUAUUAACUAUUAAACAAAAAAAAAAAAACAAAUAAUACUAUAACUAUCUUUUAAAAGGAACUAUAAAAAUUUUUUAAUAAUUGAGUGUGUUGAACAUUUGAACUUGAAAUUUUUGUUUACAGUGUUAAGGUGUUAAUAUUUUGAGUGCAAGAGAGCGAGAGUUAUUAUUCCACUAGUUCAACAAAAACAAGAUUUAAAAAUUUUAAGGGCGAAAGUUCAAUAUCUUAGUUUUGACAAUUACUUCGCCAAAUUAAAUUGACUUUUUAAGGCACGAAGAUUAGUUAAAUCAAAUCAUGUCUGUUGAUUAUAUUCAAGUUAUUGAAGAAGAAGGUGAGGAUCCGAUAGAAUUACCUAGUGAAGAGGAUGGAACUUUAUUGCUUUCAACUUUACAAGCUCAAUUUCCUGGUGCGUGUGGACUCAAAUAUAAUAACGCAGAAACAAAAGCAACACGUGGUAUUCGCCUAAAUGAGGGUCGUUUUUAUGCUCCGUCUGGAGAGGGUUGGGGAACUAUAUCUUAUAUCUGUGUUUUUCCAAAAGAAAAUAAACGUAAAAGCGAUGAUAAUUUGGAGAAUUCAACAGCUAAAACAAAACGUAUUGAGACUCGUUUGCGAUGUACUGAUUUGAUUGUUUUGGGUCUACCAUGGAAGACAACAGAACAAAGUUUGCGUGAACAUUUUGAAGAAUUUGGUGAGGUAUUGAUGGCACAGAUAAAAAAAGAUGUUAAGUCUGGCCAGUCCAAAGGUUUUGGUUUCAUAAGAUUUGGAUCAUAUGAAGCACAAAUGCGUGUAUUAGCAACCAGACAUUUAAUUGAUGGUCGUUGGUGUGAAGUGAAAGUUCCAAACUCAAAGGGUAUGGCACAUCAGGUGCCAUGUAAAGUAUUUGUUGGACGUUGCACAGAAGAUUUGUCUGCUGAAGAUUUACGUGAAUAUUUCUCUAAAUUUGGUGAAGUUACAGAUGUUUUUAUACCGAAACCAUUUCGUGCAUUUAGUUUUGUCACUUUCUUAGAUCCCGAAGUGGCUCAAUCAUUAUGUGGGGAGGAUCAUAUAGUAAAAGGUGUUUCAGUUCAUGUUUCAAAUGCUGCUCCCAAAACAGAUCAAAACAGAAACAAUAAUCAUAAUAAUUAUAAUGGGUUUAAUAAUUCAAUGAUGUCUUAUCGUGGUGGAGGUGGUGGAAACAUGGGCGGAAACAGCUAUGGCGGAGGUAGAAGCGGCGGAAGCAAUAAUAUGGGAAGCAGUAGUAUGAGUGGCUACAACAACAUGGAUGAUCGGAUAUUACCGAAUUCAAUGAAUAGAGGGGGAAGUGGUGGUAACAGUGACAUGUCAUAUCGUGGCAGUAAUUCUGGAAGUGGAUCUGGUGGUGGAAAUUACAUGCAAAAUCCACCACUAAAUAAUAGUGCUUGGAGUAACCAUAAUCGCGGAAAUUUAGACAUGCCCAACUUGCAAGCAUUAGGGAUCAAUCCUGGUGGGCAAAAUCCAUCAAAUCAACCAAAUAACAUGAAUAAUCCAUUAGGUGUUGGAUUAAAUUUAAAUACAUUACCAAUGAAUCCGGCCAUUGUCGCGGCAGCCUUAAGUCAGUGGGGGGUGAUUGGAAAUUUACAAAACCAAAAUCAAGAUCCAGCUAGCAAAACAUUUGGAAACAAUAGCAGUGGUGGCCCAAAUAAUUCAAAUAAUUCCCAGAACACACCUCAAAAUGGGGGUUUUUUGUCUUGGAUGAAUCAAAACGGUAAUAAUAAUUCGAGCGGCAGUUCCAAUACUGGAGCUGGGGAUGGCCCCCAAGGAAAUAAUCAGCCAUGGUCCAGACAGUCUAAUGGACCCCCAUCACAAAAUGAAUCAAAACCAAAUUUUUUAUAAGCAAUAUUAUUAGAAAAAAACAAGUUUAGAAAUUCGUGUUGUGAAAAAUUAUUAAAUGUGUAUGUUUUAAAUGAUUUCUCGAUUUCUUUUUUGGGCUUUUAAAAUGAUCUUGUUAGAUUAUCACAAAAAACCGGACAAGCUACCCUCACCAUAAUAUAUAGACGAUAUUAUUCUCCACAUUUUUUAGAAUUUUUAUUCAUUUGCAAUUUUUGUAUAAAUAUAAUAUAAAUAUAAGUCCAUCAAUAAUUAAUUAUACUCUUAGUUGAACGCAUCACUUCUUUUUUUUGUGUUAAAUUUUUUUAGGAAAAAAAAAUAUUGAAAUUAUUUAUUGAAUUGUUUUAUAAAGAAAUAAAAACUUAGAAGUAUUUAAGAUUUUUAAAAUCUGUUAUAACUAACAGAGAAUAAAGCUUGAAAUAUUUAACAUAUUGUUUUAUGUAAGACUAAUUGUGAAAGUUGUUGUUUGAACUUUACGAUAUGAAAUGAGUUUAGAAAUCGAUUUAAUUGAAAAAAGAAAAAAAUAUAGAAGUGUGUCAGAUAUAAAAUGAAUUUCAAAAAAAAAUAAUAUGGAGUUUUUCAAUGCUUUAUUAUAUGUAAAUGGCUUAAGCAAAUUUUUAUGUAUUUUAGUUUAAAGUGUAUAUUAUUUCAAAAUUAAUUUGUUUAGCUUUUAAUCAUCUGAGCGAAUCUUGCAGUUUGUUUUGUUACACAUAUAUUAUCUUUAGAGAAACUGAAGAAAAUUUUGUAUUAGUUUUUGAAUUGUGAAGUUUUUUUUAACUUUUGAUCAUUUUAUUCACGAAUAAAUAUUGUAAUCUGAA